AACCUCUGGCUGCUCUGCUAGGCUAUUGCCUUUGCCUAUGCCAAAUUUAGACUAAACACAGAAGGUAAAGUUACCAUCACUUAGCAAAAGCAAAUACAGAAUUAAAUACAUUCAUUUGUUUAUUCUAUUUUAGGAAUCCAACAACAUCACCUCACGCCACCCCACCCCCAUAACAUAACAAAGCCACCCCUGCAGAUGCAACCAACAGCUGCCGGAAGUACCAGCUCUAACGCCGGUGUUGGCGGUGCUGGUCAGCUCACUCGAGGACCUGGACUUACCCGCUUCCGCUCAGCUCCACCCUCUUGGUUAGAAGCUCUUUUAGAGGAAGAAGAAGAGGACCCAUUGAAGCCUAAUCAGUGCUUGACUCAGUUACUGAGUACUGGCGGUGGGGGCGAUCCACGGCUGACUCAGUUGGAGGCAGUUAGUUUUCAGCGCCAAAGCAGCACUCCUGCGGAUUUGCUUGAUGGGUAUUUUUCAAACUUUGGAAUCCCAGCCACUUACGGUUACUUGUCUCCCAAUAUUGAUGUUUCGCCCUCUAGUAAGAGACCUAGAGAUGAAAAUACUCAGCAAUCUCCCAAGUUUCAGUCUCAACCGAGAGGACAGCAAAGUGGGCAGGCACCGGGUGGGGUUACAAGUUUGAUGGAUAUGGAUAUGGAUAUGGAGAAACUUUUGGAGGAUUCAGUGCCUUGCAGGGUGCGUGCCAAGCGUGGUUGUGCUACACAUCCUCGAAGUAUUGCAGAGAGGGUUCGGAGGACACGAAUUAGUGACCGCAUAAGAAAGCUUCAGGAACUUGUGCCGAACAUGGAUAAGCAAACAAACACUGCAGAUAUGUUAGAGGAGGCAGUAGAGUAUGUCAAGUUUCUUCAAAAACAAAUUCAGGAACUGACAGAGCAUCAACGUAAUUGCAAAUGCACAGUGAAAGAUAAACCUGAAGAGGGUACCAGAUAAUGUAAUUAUUAUAUAUAUAUAUAUAAAGUUUUGCACAGGAUCUAUCAUGGUUGUAGCUCUUGUUUUGUUGGAACAAUAAUUAUAUUAGAUGAUGAGGACAUAAUUCAUUUUCGCAAGAAGUGUUAUUUGUAGUUGUAAAUUUAUUUACAAGUGUGACAAUAUAUGUAUCAUUGCCAUUUAUAUAGUUGAUAUUAUUGUUUCAUGCAA